AAGCGGAAGCCAAAGGGGAGAUGAAAGGCGGCCUUCCGUUGCUAAACAGGCGUGGGACACUGCUCUAGCAUCACUUAACAGAUUACAUUUUAUUUUGUCUUCGUUUUUCCUUGUGUUUCGUCAAACUCGCCGUGGCACAGCAAAUACGGACAAGUGUUGUCACUGUUGAGAAAACGCGGUAACAACGACCAAGGACGAUGUUUAAAAAAUUUGAUGAGAAGGAAAAUGUAUCAAACUGUAUCCAGCUGAAAACAUCAGUGAUCAAAGGAAUAAAAAAUCAGCUGUUGAUACAGUUUCCUGAUAUCGAGUCAUGGCUCAAUCACAUAAUGCCAAAAAAGGACCCUGUUAAAAUAGUCAGAUGCCAUGAACACAUUGAAAUCCUAACAGUGAAUGGAGAACUGCUUUUCUUCAGACAGAGAGAAGGACCGUUUUACCCAACACUCAGGCUGUUGCAUAAGUAUCCUUUCAUUCUUCCACACCAGCAAGUAGACAAAGGAGCCAUUAAAUUUGUCUUAAGUGGUGCCAACAUCAUGUGUCCCGGGCUGACGUCACCAGGUGCUAAACUCCACCCGGCUGAUGUUGACACAGUAGUUGCCAUCAUGGCAGAGGGCAAACAACAUGCACUGAGUGUUGGCGUUAUGAAAAUGACUGCAGAAAGCAUAGAAAAAGUCAACAAGGGAAUUGGAAUUGAGAACGUUCACUAUCUGAAUGAUGGAUUGUGGCACAUGAAGACGUAUAAAUGAUCGACACCCCGCAAGCCCAUCUCACAUCCCCUGGAAAUCAUGGAGCUCUUGACAGCGAAGCAUGAGCUGCCAGUCAAAUGUUUACACCUAUAAAUGUAGCUGUGUAACCCAAGGGAAAAUUCAAUAACUGUCAUUCACAAAUAAAAGAAAGAUCCUG